AUGAACGUGCAAGCUGACUUGUGUGAUGAGAAAUUUGUGUUAUUUCUUCAAAGUUUGGGCGUAGAGACAUAUAAAAAGUCAUUUGAAUGGAUGUUUGACGACUCCGACUUCGCUGGUAUUUUGCUGUGGUUGUACAACAAUUUGGAUCACAAUAAUGCUUUGAGUGCUCGCGAGGAAUACAGGUACACAGAACUUGAAAAAAGAGGCCUCCUCUCCCCAGAAGAAUUGCAAUCCACAAUAUUAGCUAUACAACAAUGCCACCCUGGCAUCAGCCUGUCAGGAGAUCAGGAGAGUCUAGAAGAUGCCAAACAAGACAUUUGCAUUCUACAGGAAAGAUUGCAUGUUUUGGAGAGGCAAGAGGGACUCGUUAAGGACCUUAUUUUGCAGAAUGAGUUAAUAAAAAAAGAACUCAAUGUGGAAAUAACAAAACUGAAUUCGACAUACCUGCAGUAUGUAGAAGAUGGAAAAAAAGCAUCUGAGGAGUGUCUACAGUUGGUCAACCAGGUGGAAUCAGUGACAGACAGUGUGUGCGAUCUUGUUGCAGAUACUUUGAAUAUUUAUGCCAAUUGCCACACUGAUAUUGACAUAGCUAAGAAGUUCAUAAGGUUUGGUCCACUUGAUUCAUACAAACAAACACAAGCGUUGUUCUGUUCACAUUUUGAUCUCUACACUUCAAAGAAGUUUAAACGCCAGCAUGAUUUUACUGAUGAGGAUUUAAAAACUGCUUUGAUUGAGGCCCGGAGUAUGGAGGAGAGACUGUCACAUGCCCUUUGUUCGUACAUAGACUCAAAAGCGGAGUUGGCUGGCGAACAGGCGAAACUUGCUCUAGUUGAGAACUACAAUCAUGUUCAUCCCAGUCAAAUCACCGUAUGCUCAAUGGAGGCUCAAACAGCUUUAGACCUGUUGGCUCAAGAAGAAUCCAUCCUGGAGCAGCAGACGCAGACCGCGGUGAAGGAGCUCGUCGCUUGGAGGACAAAGUUAGCUGUGGAUACUGCCUCCAGAUCUGCAUUUACUGUCAGACAACAAGUCCACGCCGACCUAAGCUAUCUUCUGGAAAUAUGUCACCAAGCAUUGGCCCUUGACCGAAUCCUGUACUACGGCCUACGUCACGAGCUACGUACAGUCGAGGACCUAUUACAGUUCGCAGCACAGCUCAAGGAGUACGUUGUUAUUCAAAACGAAGCCGUCGCGAGUCGAAUUGAUUCUAUGAACUCAAUAUGCGCAGAACAAACGCAAUGCGAACUCAAGCUUCAAUCGUCAGACGCACUCACGCAAGCACUAUCCAGUAUAUUAGAGACAACUCAUAUUGAUUCUGGCGUACUGGUGAAAGUGUAUAACGAUUUAGUGAUAAAUGUUCAGGCGUUGUUUGGCGAUGUUAAGGAGGGAUAUCGAAGGAAGGAAGAACGAUUACGAGAAUUGAAAUCAUCCCUACAACCUCUACAGUCCUACAUUUUCGACGGCUGCACCAAGCAGCCUAACUGCCGCGACAGAACUGUCGCAACCUUGAUGCACACACUGCAAACAGAGAUGGACACUGUUGAAAAGCGAGUUUUGGCUGUCGGGGGACUGUUAACUACUACUAAGAACGCCGACAAACACAAUUUACGCAAGCUGUGGCAGUGGUUCCUCACCGAUGAAGCCAGAUUACUUACUGCCAUGAGAGGAAUGCCAAUGACUUAGUGUUAGGUGUAUUUAAACAAACAAUAAGAAUAAUGUUAACAUAAUAUGCUUUUAAUUAAUAAAUAAACCCGAUGUUUUACUCAAUU